AUGGCUCUACCUCCAUCUCCCAGCUCUUCCAGCUCAAACAUAGAGCCUGAGAAUGGCCUGGCGCAACCCUAUGGAAAGGAGACUGCAGGAGCAGUAGUUGAGGCAUCUGGGGACUCAGAUGCUUCCAGCUCUGAUGGCCUUCAACCGGUUCCCUUGUCUUGGAAGAUCGCGUCUGUGGUCCUCGUCACGGCCAUCGGUUUCGGAUCUCAAUGGAGCUCGGGCAUCACUGCUGCCAUGAAAAGCACUAUCAAGAAAGAAAUGGGCAUCACUAACACGCAGUUCUCACUCUUGGAAGCCAGUGAGGAUUUCAUGGUCACGGCCCUCAUGAUGGUGAGCGGUAUUGUUACUGACCGGAUCGGAGGCGCUGGUGCUAUGCUGUAUGGAAACUUGAUCUACUCUGUCGGCUCGAUUCUGGUUGCAGGUGCAGCUCAAAGUCGAUCCUACAAGUUCAUGAUUGCUGGACGAGUUGUUCGAGCUUUGGGAGACAUCGCAACCCAGAUCGCCCAGUACAAGGUUUUCUCGUCCUGGUUUGCCCCUGGUAACGGAUUUGGAUCAACCCUCGGCUUUGAGCUGGGCGUCGGAAAGAUGGGUGCGUUUGCCGGCAAGUCAUCCGCCAACAUCAUUGCCAAGAAGACUGGCAACUUUGCGUGGGUCUUCUGGGUCGCCGUCUUCAUGAACAUUUUCACCAAUGUCAUGACUGUUGGCUUCUAUUGGUUCACCAAGGUGGCCAACCGCAAGUUUCACGGCAUCAACGAUCCAGCAACUGGCGAGAAGCUGAGUGAGAAGAGCAAAAAGUUUGAGAUCCGCAAGGUGCUCGAGCUGCCAUGGUCCUUCUGGGCAGUUAUGGCCUUUUCUCUCUUCGAAACAAGCACUGCCAUCGUUUUCCUCCAGAACGCUACUGAACUUGCUGAACAGCGGUUUGGAACUGACUCUAUUGCGGCCGGCUGGUAUAGCUCGGUCUUGCAGUAUGCUGGCUUCUUCGUUGUUCCUUUGCUGGGAAUCUUCAUUGAUCUUUAUGGACACCGAAUCUCAAUCUUGGUCUUCUGCGGUCUGGGAGUCUUCACUUCCAUGCUUCUCGUCAACUUUUCCGGGGCUGUCAAAGGCACCGCUGCAUCUUUUGGUGUCUUCGCCUUUGCUUAUUGCUUUGGACCCACCACCAUCAUCGACAGUACUCGCACAUCCAUGUGGGAUAGCACAGUAUUUGGCUCGGCCUACUCUAUCAAGAUCACACUGAACAAUGCGAUGAACAUCAUCGUGCGAGUCAUCACUGGAAGAAUCCAGGAUGCUGACAACAACUCUCGCUGUCUCUUUGAUCCUGGGGUUCAUCGCCUGGCGAUCUGUGGAUCUUGGACACUUGCAGUGGACGAGGAGAUGCGCAUUGCUCGAGGUCAUAUUCUCAACGCCCGGAAGCAGAGAUUCUAUGAGGAGAAUGGAGGCAAAAACAAGAAGAUCUCCAUGUUUUGUUUUGCUUCUCUUAUCCUUUUGAUCCUGGGAAGUUGGUGUGGUUACUUCUGGGGUAUUGCCACUGGAAACAAUGGCUAA